CGACUCUUUACAGGGAUCAUCGCCUCCGAGUUGGUCACCUGCCUUCCCUCCUCGUCGCAUCUCCUCAAUCGUCGUUGAUCCCAGCGUCAGAUCAGAGGCAUUCACGAACGACAAGAAACACGAUACAGGCCCUCAAGAGGUUGUUCCCCUUCCACCGACGCCACGACGAGAGCUCUCCUCUCCCUCGUCCAUCAACUUCACCCGCCAACCUCAAUACGCGCGCAACGGGUAACGCGUCGACAGGCUUCACGACUUUCCUUUCUUCCUCUUCUCCCUUCUCGUCGUCCUCAUCUUCCUUCAAGUCGCCCUCAGAAGAACCUGUCAGCAAGCGUCUCCGCCCUCGAGGGUCUAAGUCUUCAUCAUUCCCUCCUCUCACUCUCCCCUCCUCAGCCUCGGAGCAGUCAGAGGCGGCGGCGCUCAGCCUUGACAUGUCCUCUGGGGCUGCACUCCUCGUCAAUGGCUACGCCCAUCGUCCUGAUGACGGACUGUCCCAGUCGCAGGCAUCGACAUCCGCCCUCGCAAUGCCAGCUCCAUCCAUACCCUCGUCAUCAUCAUCAUCAUCCUCGUCAGCAGUUCAUCGAAGCAGCAAGAGGCAAAGGCGCGAGUCGAAUCACAAUUCGCCGAUCCUCCCAAUGACAGCUCCGUUGGCUCUUGCAUCCUCUUCCAGCAAGCUUGUCAAGGCUCCCAAGCCUCAGACGGGCCAAUUCAAGCAUAAUGUCAAGAAGCGCGCCCCUCCCAGCCAGCAAUGCGCCUUCUGUGGCUAUCUUCUCAAUCGACAUCAGAAGCCAGAGAAGCUCAUUAGCUGCCAUGCAUGUGGUAGCAGCGGGCAUCCUACCUGUAUGCGCUGGGGUCGUAAUCCGAGGAAGAUAGCUGUGGCACAGGAGUACGCUUGGCAUUGUAUGGAAUGCAAGGAUUGCGAAGUCUGUGGUGAGAAGGGAGACGAUGCCGCGAUCAUGUUCUGCGAUCGCUGCGAUCGCGGCUGGCAUCUCUACUGCCUCGAUCCUCCCCUCGACGGGCCGCCAAAGGGCCAGUGGUACUGCCCGACCUGCCAACAGCUCGGCGAGCAUGUCAAAGCAGUCUCCCGCAAAUCUCACAAGGUCCGUUCAGACGACUGGUCCGGAGCGAGCAGCGGAAGAAGCAACACAUUUGGCCGCUCGCCGUCUAUCUCCUCACCUUUGGCUUCGAGCUACGGGCCGUGGGAGCAAGGACCGUCCACAACGGAUCACUACUCCGGCCCAUUACUGGCUAGUGAGCCGCUUCCGCCAGGAGAAGAUGACGGAGGGCCUCAGACAGUCGGUGAAGCUAGGAGUGGUACAAGGCGGCAGCGCAAGCCGACGAACAAGGACAAGAGCUAUGAGAUUGCCAGCCCAUCCUCAGAAGAGUCGCAAACAGUCCUCAAUGGCUCAGCAUCGAAGCGUCGCAUGCCUCUGCUGAAACUCAAGCUGGGCAGUAUGGCAUCUGGGUCGGGGGGGAGAGGAGGACGCAAGUCAUCUUCGCUCGGAGGGUCAGAGGCGAUCAAUGGCAAGACGCCAUCGCGCAAGCGACCGACGCCUGGCGCGAUGAAACUCGUCGACUUCUUCGAUGCUGAGACCAACGGCGAGGAAGGCUCGGACAAUGACGACGAUGCAAACUCCACGGACAGCGACGAGCCGUGGAACAGAGACUACCGCAGCGACUCCUCAUCAACGGCGGCAGCAGCAGCAGCCGAAGGCUCCUCCAAUCGCGGCCGGCCGGGUCAGAAAAGCUACGGCAAAAAGGGAAAGUCUCGCCUUGGCUCCCAUUUCAGUCGUCACAGCCCGUCGGACACGUCGGAUGCAGAGGAAGAGGAAGGCGAUGAAGAGCGCUUUGGCGGCGUACUUGCAGCAGAAGAUGCAGAUACCAGCAAGACCCGUCCGAAACCACAGGAUAAGAUGCGCUUCGAGAAGAGCAAGUCGUCCGCUGAGGCCAAGCUCGGAGGCGCCGUCGCCUCUCUACCCGGCACCACAAGCACGGGCAGAGGCAUCAAGCGGACGGGCCCAGCUGCAGGAGCGACUGGAGGGGCGUCGACUGGGUCGGGCACCCCUGUAGCAUCCUCAUCGGCAGCUGGGUAUUUUGCUGGAUCGCCAUGGGCUGGAACGGGAGCUGCAGAUGGGGCUAGCCGCACGCCGCGAAUGGUGGCGGCUUCUCAACCUCAGACGUCUGCCUCGACUUCAACGACCUCGAACUUCUUUUCAUCACUCCGCGGCGUCUUCUCUUCAUCACAACCAGCAGCGCCUCCGCCACCAGCGCCGAGCCGCCUUGCCAUCGCGACUCCGGUCGAUGCUUCUUCGUCGCAGCCAUCAGAGGUUCCCACGCCUGUCACAGAGAACCCACGUACGCUAGCCACCGUUGCCGACACAGGCGUGGCAACUCCCAUCAAGCAAAUCCGCUUCUCUACAUUCGAUAUCGAUACCUGGUACCAAGCACCCUAUCCCGAAGAGUACUCUCUCGUCCCUGACGGCCGACUCUGGCUGUGCGAGUUCUGCCUCAAGUAUAUGAAGAGCAGCUUCAUGGCUCAACGUCACCGCAUCAAGUGUAAAGCCCGCCACCCGCCAGGAGACGAAAUCUACCGUGACGGCAAUGUCAGCAUCUUCGAAGUGGACGGUCGCAAGAGCAAGAUUUACUGCCAGAAUCUCUGCCUCUUGGCAAAGAUGUUCCUCGACCACAAGACCCUCUACUACGAUGUCGAGCCUUUUCUCUUCUACGUUGUGACCGAAGUGGACGAUCUUGGGGCUCACUUCGUCGGCUAUUUCUCCAAGGAGAAGCGCAGCCAUAUGGGGUAUAACCUCUCCUGCAUCAUGACACUACCUAUCCGCCAAAGGAGAGGGUGGGGCAACUUCAUCAUCGAUGUUUCUUACCUCCUCUCCAAGAAGGAAGGCAACCUCGGCUCGCCAGAGAAGCCCCUCUCUGACCUCGGGCUGCUGAGCUACCGCAAUUACUGGACCCUCGCCGUCUUUGGAUACCUGCGUGAGGCCCCCGACGAGGUGACCAUUGAGGACAUCUGCAAGGCAACGGCUAUGACUGCGGAUGACGUACACUACGUGCUACGAGAGCAGGAUAUGAUCGUCGAGUACGAUGGAGAGAGCUCCACCCUCCCCUCCGCAGCGGCAUCAUCGUUGCGCCUGCCCGCAACGCUCAAGUACAAGUCGCGCGACGGCGCCGGUGGCGAUGGAUCUACUACGUCCACUCCUCAGCCCCCACGUCGUCGCGGUCGAGGAGGCGGCCGUGCUCGCGCCACAGCAGCGGCCAAUGCAGCCAAGAGCAAGAGCGGCGCCAAUGCUCUUCCGACCUCGUACCGUAUCCACUUCGAUCGGGCAUAUGUCGUUGCCCAUCUGAAGAAUUACGAGAGCAAGGGGUAUAUGAAGGUACGGCCGGAGAGACUUAGGUGGACGCCAUUCGUGAUGACGAGGGGAGCUGGCGUUCCUCCUGCAUCCGCGUUGGGGCUGGUGGCAGGAGCAUCAGAUACCGUGACAACGCAGCAAGUCGAGAAUGGCGCCACUCAAUCCUCCUCCUCUGUUGCCAAUGGCCAAGAGAGUACCAAUCUGGGUAUCGAGGACGCGAUACCGCAACAGCAGCCGCCCUCGCUCUCCUCGCGACCCACCGCAACGGGCACAGACGGAGCAGACAGUCAACGCAUCGAAGCUGAGCUUCGCGGGUUAGACGGGCUUCUAUCCCUUGCCUCUGGCCCUGAUACCCAAGCUGCCGCUGCCAAUCCAGGCCAAAAUUCUUCAGCACCUUCACUCACUCAGCCCGCAGACGCCAUCAGAGAAGGCAACGAAGGCGGCUCGGGCACCGAGGAGCAAGUCCUUAUAGAUGAUGCGAUCGGUCCAUCAGUCAUCGUGCCUGCGAGUAAUGUCCCGCCUCCCGCGCCACUUCCAGCGCCCGUCUCGCUCACGCAGCCAGAGAUUGCACUUGAAGCUCAAGAGCUCGCAACACCUCUCGCCAAGAACAAGAAGGCCAAGCUCUCCCCUUCAGCUCCAAGCGUGAAGAAGGUCUCACCUCGCUCCGCUGCGACUACCAAGACGCCUCCACACAAGAAGGGUGGUACGCCUCGCAACGGGGUGGCCAGCUCAGGGGCGAGGUCGAGUACCACAUCGAAGCGCAGGACUGGAUCAUCUGCGGGCAGAGCUCCGAGCUCCUGGGCCUUUGAUGAGAGUGAGCUUCUCGACGAGGACGCGGAGGGGAGUGUGGAUGAGGAUGGAUAGGAGUAGGUGGCAGGCGACGCUGUAGAGAAGGUGCGCGCAAGGAUAGAGAGAGGCGCAGGAAGGAGGGAAACGGGAGCGAUUACCCACUCAUGUAUGUUCUUCUUGGCUUUGACCAUCUUUACCAUCCUGUCUUACUAGUAGCGAUAUUGAUGACCACGUAGCGAC